AUGUGUAAGAGUUUUGAAGAUAUCCCAUUAUAUGACAAUGAGUCCUGAAGCCACCUCCUUCCCUUUGCCUGUCCUCAAGGAGGGAAAAACGCAUGUAGCCUAUGAGCAAGGAGUGAGGUACAGUGCGUUGUCGGGGUGAUUGGUGGGUGCUGUGUAGCUCACUGUCCUGACUGUACAUUGUAGCACAUACCUCUUUGCCGUGUGUGGGAGCGAUAUUUGACAAACAGCACUGGAUUGCAACAAAGGGCUGACCAGGAGAGGGCAGUGUGCGAUUUGAAGAAUCCUACAUUCCUCCGGUCUCCUCAGGUCCUCGCUGUUUGUCUGCAGUCAGAAUCACCCCUCUGACAAGCAUGAAAGGCUCUCCUGACCUAAUUCCGGCUGCAGAGCUGGACCCUACAAGGGUGUGUAAAGGGAAGGGGGUCGUGACUCUGAGGGCCACUCUGGUACACAUAGACGACGAGGACUGCGUCAGUAAAGAUUCCAACAUCGAAACAGCACCAAGUAGUUGGAUCGGCCAGAUCAAUGGUGACAGCUCUCUAACAGGAUUGGCUGAGGGAUGCUUCCACGACAUCACAGCUGAUUUACCUACAGUCAACAGAACUCAACCCCAGGGAAGUUCUCCUGUGAGCACAGAAGAACGGCAGUUUCUUGCCUUUGACAUUCAGAACCAUAUUACAUCGACAAAGGCUCCCUCUGCCUACCCAUCCACCACCAAAACGGUCAACCCAACCAUAGUUCUGCUACAACACAACAGAGACCCCACCCCAGAGAGGGACAAAUUGUCUGAUCCAGGACCUGUAGCUGGGGCAGAGAGAGAACAGAGCCAACACCCAGAUAUGGACGGCAAGAGGAUGAGGUUCUCACAAUCCCCUGUCUUGGGCCCACUGAACCAGCCCAACCUGCCAGUACGGAACACAGAGAAGUCCAAGGACUGGUACAAGAACAUGUUUAAACAAAUACACCGAAUUCCAGAACCUGUUGAGGAAAACCCAUACCGCCCCACCUACAUAUUCCCUGAAUUCUAUGAUCCUAGACAGAUGAAAACCACAGAUGAUGGUCCCUCCCCUUACGGUUUUGUGGAAGAUGUGAAAGGGGUCCCACGGUCAAAAAGUGCUGCUGAAGUUGACCAUAGGUUGUCUAUGCCUGUGCCAACCCGGUCCUCUUCCCUCAAACCUUCCAAAAGGAACGAGUGGGAGCCCCCUGACAAAAAGGUAGACACCAGGAAGUACCGUGCCGAGCCCAAAAGCAUCUUCGAGUACGAGCCGGGAAAAUCAUCGGUGCUGAAACUGGAGAGAAAGACUCAGGACAUAAGUCCAGAAGAUGUACAUUUAGAGAAUGAGCCUUGGUAUAGAUUCUUUUCAGAGAUGGAUUUUGAUGAAGCGAGUGCCCCCUCUUUUAGCCCCCUGGAAACACCCGCCGAACUACAGCAGUACUCCGGGUGUAAGGCCGGACACAGCGAGGUGGAAAAGGACGAAGGAUCAUCCAGCGGCGAGCCAGCGGCUCCAGAAUGUGACCGCCAUGUUUACAAGAGCGUCCUUGAGGGCGGCGACAUUCCCCUGCAAGGUCUGCGGGCCAUCAACAAGCGCCAUGCCAGCACCUCCUCCAAAGUGGAUUAUCAAGGUGGGAAUGGCUAUAUAAUUUCACCAUGCUCUUCUGUAAAUAGUCGAUCAGUUCUUGCCAGUAAUGCCCUAGGUUACCAGUGUAAGAAUAAGAAGCCCUUAUCUGCUGCCAAAGCCUGCAUACCCCAAAUCCUCCCCUCUAAGUUCAAACCUAAGCUGAUACCCCCUAGUGUUGACAGCCAGGACAGGAGGACUGCGCCUGCCAGGCACCCAAAGGCACACAGCUGUGAGGAUAUAUACACAGGGAGCACAGGCGAAGAGGCCCAGGAGAGCGGACUAAAGUCAAACACACACAAAAACUCGAAUGGUCUCCCCCUUGACUCUGAGGCUGGUUUAAAUAAUGGCAGCCCUGCGACUAGAAGGAGCACAUCUGAGUUCUCCACCCUGUACCGGAACAUGCACAGCAUCCAGAGGCCAUCCUGCUCAGUGGGCUCCAGCCCCCACGGGAGUGUCCGUAGCCUGACCUCCCUGUUCGAGAAGGUGGGGGUCAAUGGAACUGAUGGGGAGGGGGAUGAGGCAGGGGAGAACAUUCCCAGGCGGGACGCUGUGUCGUCGCGGGUGUCAGAGUUUGAGCUGAUCAUCCAGCGCUCCAGCCCGUCUCCCACACGCUCCUCCUCCAUGCCAACACUACCCACAGGCCAGAGCCUCACCCACAACCACAGCCCCGCCGACCUCUUCAUGGCGUCCGCUGUCUCGGCUGAGUCGCUGCUGGUCACUGUCCCAAGGCACACUGGGCAGACAGAGGGCUGCCCUCUCGAGGACACAGAAUGCAAGGCAGCCCGAGACAAGGCAUUUCUGUCAGGCAGCGAGAUGGUGGGAUCCUCUGAGUACAGUGACACACUGAGAGCCGAGUCCCUCUCUGGGACUGAGUCAGAGACAGAGCAGCACGGCCCCACAGAGAAAGCCCCAGUUCCAACAGAGAAAGCCCCAGUACCAACAGAGAAACCCCCAAAGGUCACUAUCUCCAGAACCUCAAACAGUCCCCCAGCACCAGUCACCCCGUCCGCUUCCCCACACAACCACCACCUCCACAACCACCACCACCAUAAACCCAGCAGCAAGUGCAAAGGCUCCUGCCCUGCCUCCUAUACCCGCUUCACCACUAUCCGGCGGCACGAGAGGCAGCAGCAGGCUACGGCCCAGCAGGACAAACUGUCUACCCAGGAGAAAAUAAAGAACUCCUCCUCUCUCCCCUCGAACCUCUUCCUCAUGGGCCCUGCACCAUUCAGGGUGAAGAGGCCUCUCCGGUCUCACCAGGCCAAAAAGACUCUCUCAGCCACUAAGGUGAUGGCAGGUCAAAUGUCACAGACAAAUGUCUAUGAUCCCAGGCCCCUCAUUCCACCGCGCCUCUCUUCCUUGGAGUUGCUGGAGAAGCUGGGCAACGGGGAAGGUGCACCGUCCGACAGUGACAACAACCUGACUAAUAGGGGAGUCUUGGACGCCAAUGGGAAUCUUCUGCAGCUGCUAGCAGCUCACCGCCGAGAUUCAGAGUCCUUGACUCAAGGAGACCUUGGUGACGGCCUGGAUGAGGUGGUCAGGAGACGCCAUGGAGAUAAAGAGAAAAUUUUGGAAGAGCAACGGCGGCUGAAGAGGGAGCAGGAGGAGGCUGACACAGCAUCGAGGCGACACACGGGAAUCGUUCCCACCCACCAUCAGUUCAUCACUAACGAACGUUUCGGAGACCUGCUCAACAUCAACAUCAAUGACGCAGACAAGAGGAAAUCCGGAUCAGAGAGAACUCCAGCCCUGGCUCGGUUUGACUUCAGAGCGGAGACUCUAAAGGAGUUACCAUUUCAAAAGGGAGACAUUGUGUACAUCAUUCGACAGGUGGAUAAUAAUUGGUUUGAAGGGGAGCAUCACGGCAGAGUCGGCAUCUUCCCGCGGAGUUAUGUUGAGCUCCUUCCCCCCACGGAGAAGGCCCAGCCAAAGAAGAGUGCCCCAGUGCAGGUGCUGGAAUAUGGAGAGGCCAUUGCACGCUUCAACUUUACAGGGGACACGGUGGUGGAGAUGUCAUUCAGAAAGGGAGAGAGGAUCAUCCUGAUUCGCAGGGUCGAUGAGAACUGGUACGAGGGCAAAGUCUCUGGCACCAAUCGCCAGGGUAUAUUCCCAGUCACCUACAUAGAGGUGCACAAACGACCCAGAGUAAAGAAUGGAUUGGAUUACCCAGACCCCCCCAUUGGCCAAUCACCUCACCGCAGCCUCAAUGCUUCCCCUCAGCUGAACCGUGUCCGUAACAACCGGCUCACCACAUCCCCCCUGCCCCUCCCCCGCUCCCCCCGCCGCUCUGUGUCCCCCGAGGUCCAUGCCAUCUCCUCUGAGUGGAUCUCCCUGACCAUAGGGGGUGCCAGCCCCCCCACUGCCCCCACCCCUCCUCUACCCCCACUCCCCUCUGUGUCUUACCGCUGGGGCGAGUACCUGCCCCCCUCCAAGUCUGCCAGCCCCGUGCCCCCCAUCUGCGGCAGCCCCUAUUGCAUCUCCCCCAUGGCCUCCCCCUCUGCCUCCCCCCUGCCCCCGCCCUACCCGCCCCGCCCUGGCUCGGCCACCCCUUUCCUCACCUUCACCCCGCCCCAGGGGGAGGACUUCCUGCUUUCCCCUCCCUCUCCUCGUCUGUCCCGCAGCCUGAGCCCCUGUGGAGGGGCGGGCCUGGAGAGCUGGUUGACAGGGGCCAGCCCCUUGAGCAUCCUGGAGAGGGAGUUGAUGGAGGGGGAGGGGGCAGAGGGAGACAGGGGCACUGGCCGCGAAGCCCUGGGCAGCUGGCGAAAUAGCCCUGCAGAGCUGCUGAAGAAUGACAGUGACUACCAUGGAAGAACCUCCAGAAGCCCUGUCAUGUUGUUUGACAUCCAGGACAACAACAUGAAUGCUAACUCAUUCACGCAACCCCAGUCUCACAGCAGCAGCCCGGAGCCAAGCCGUCUCAGCUGUGGAAUUUUCCAGGCUUUGUACAGUUAUGUGCCACAGAAUGAAGAUGAGCUGGAGCUGCAGGAGGGAGAUCUUGUCAGUGUCAUGGAGAAGUGCGAUGAUGGCUGGUUUGUUGGUACCUCGAAGAGGACAAAACAGUUUGGCACGUUUCCAGGAAAUUACGUAAAAGAGGUCAACUUAUAACCUGUCAACAAACAUUUAUAGUGUGAGGAGAACCUAGCUCUAACCCUUGGUUGCCUGUUGAGUGUUGGGAAAUAAUUACUAUUACUCUUGACUCUUUAAAUUAGGACAGUUAUUUAGUCAAGUGAAUACGUUUGUCUAAUGUAAGUGAUCAGUUUGGUCUGAGGUAUGUUAAGGUGCAUGAGGUGACAAUAGGAGAAAGCUAGCUGUUGACACUCUGCCCAAUCGUCAGUGUGGUGUACACAUACCCUAACCACGUCCUGCACAGUACAUGGCUGAAUUUAUCAUAUGAUAUUCUUACAAUGGAAUUUUUAGUAAAACAAUUCAAUGUCACACACUGCAGCAUACACUGAGUGUACAAAACAUUAGGAACACCUUCCUAAUAUUGAGUUGCACCCCCCUUUACCCUCAAAACAGCCUCAAUUCAUCGGGGCAUGGACUCAAAGUGUCAAAGGCAUUCCACAGGAAUGCUGGCCCAUGUUGACUCCGAUGCUUCCCACAAGUGUGUCAAGUUGGCUGGAUGUCUAUUGGGUGGUGGACUAUGCACACAGGAAACUGUUGAGCUUGAAAAACCCACCAUUGUUGCAGUUCUUGACACUCAAACUGGUGCGACUGGCACCUACUACCAUACCCCGUUCAAAGGCACUUAAAUCUUUUGUCUUGCCCUUCACCCCCUGAAUAGCACAAAUACACAAUCCAUAUCUCAACUGUCAAGGCUUAAAAUUAUUUAUUUAACCUGUCUCAUCCCCUUCAUCUACACUGAUUUAAAGUGGUUUCAACAAGUGACAUAAGGGAUCAUAGGUUUUACCUGGAUUCACCUGGUCAGUCUGUCAUGGAAAGAGCAGGUUUUCCUAAUGUUUUGUACACUGUAUAUUCUUAUACAGUAGGUAUAGUACUUGCAGUGUGUCCUUGUGAUUUGUUAACUACUAUACAAAGUAUUUUUGAAGCACAUGAAUGUCUAUCUAUAUGAGGGGGCAGUAGCAGAGCAAAUUAUGGAUCAAGAGAGCGGUUCUUACAACCUCCAUGAUGGAUCAGGAGGGCUCAAAUGUGUAGUUGCUGCACUAGAGAAAUAGGAGCUGUUAUUCAUCAGCUACCUUCCAGGACCUAUGUUGGGAAAAGUUGUUUUAUUUAACGUUGAAUGCAGAUAUAUUUGAAGGUUGACAUGACUUGCUAAGCUGUCUAGAAUACCAUUUUUAUUUCUAGGAAAACCCAUGUAGUGUUUGGUUGGACAUACCAUGAAGGUACCAGCCUGUAUGUGUUGGCACAUACUUGGACCGUGUCCAACAGACCAUAUUCCUUGGGUUUAAAUUUCAAAAACCCAUUGACCUGACAGCGAACUUAAAGCAACAAAUGUAUAGGCCUGCUAUAUUGUGUAUCAUCGUGGAAUGGCUUGAUUUUGUUAGCUCAGAAGGCACUAAAAGUAAGAAAGCUAUGUUUGUGACAAUGUAGGCUUGUAGUCUUUAUAAAAAAUAGCAGAACACUCUUACCUCGGUGUAGUCCAAAAGCUUCCAAUGCCAUUUUAGUAAUGCCUCUGGUUUCUAUUCAAGGUCUGUACUAUAAUUCGAGCACGUUCAUCUACAUGAUAGAAAUCCCAAUGAUCAAACAUACUAGCUAAGCUUUCUGUCAGAUGAAGUAAUGAAUGCAAUCAGGAAGACUGGCUGUGCUAUGUAUGUACCUGAUGAAGAUAGCUCGUGUGUGUGUGUAUGAGCUAAUGGGUGAGUGUGCGUGAUCUUCUGUGAUUCCUGUGAGGUAGCUGGUGGCAGACAGCUGCCUAAACUAGACUGGCUCCAGUGGAAUCACAGGACAGGUGUGAUAUGCCACUUUUUUAAGCACUUAACUGUAUCAAUAGCUAGGUUUCCAUCCAAUUGGCGAUAGAUUUGAAUGUGAAUAUUCGACAAUCCGCAUAAAAACAAUAUGCACAUUUUCCCACCAGGGAUGUGGUUGAAUCAAAUGGACUUGUUGUGGAGAAAAGGCUCUGCGUGAUGACGUAGUGCACAUAAAUAUAACUUUUUGCGGUCAAAUUCCCAUGCCCCAAAAAAAGUGAAAUGUGUUACCUUCGCAUUUUCAACGCUACUGAUGGUUUUGUCACAAGAAUGUUGUGUUAUAUAGAGAAUAUGCCCACUCUGGUCUUGGCACGUGCGCUUUUAGCCAACAGUUCACAGAUAGAGUGCGGGUAAGCUAGCCUACAUUAUGUGAUUAUUUGAAUUGCCAAACAGCAGCCAAGCAUCAAUUAUCAUGUCACUAGAAUAUUUAUUGUAAUGGAGCAUUAAGCUCAUCUCCUUGCACUUUCACCACCCUGUGAAGUUUAUGAUAACUUAUUCAAUCUAUAGCUUAAUAAACUGCAUGUUUUCCCGAGUUGUAGUGGGACGACCACACAACAUAUCACAUGACUCCCAAGUUAACUUCAAUAUGAUAUUAUAUCAAUAUUUUCUUAUUAAAGGUAUUUCCACUGCCAUUUCUUGCAUAAUUCAUUUGACUAACAACAACAACAAAAAACAUUUGAAAGUUUAGUGACAAAUUAUUUUUUAUUUUAUCCGACAUGUAAUUUUCUUCACAUUAGAAAGGUUAGUGCCAUCAUUAUUUUGAGGUCGAGGCACAACAACAAAAAACAUGACUAAUUAUCUUUGAGCUGGACUACUCCCUUGAGGAAGAUUGCUUUGAAAUCGGAUAUCAAAGCAUCGAAGCAGUCUUCCUGUGAGGACAGAGGUCCCCAAUUUCAAAGCUUCAUCAGAUUUGUAAGCUGGUAAAAGGCAUGCACCAUGUCAGAAUACUGUAAAUUCUGAAAAUGUGGUAGAUUGAAAAAAAGGAUGCCUUAUGUUGUGGCAGCUCUACUUUCUUCUCUCUUAACUGAGUCAUAUCAAAUUCUUCCUCUUUAUGACUAACUGCUAUGUGUUCUUCAGCGGAAUCCUAAAUGUCAUGAGUGACAGUCUAGGUUCACUAGGCAGUAUAAUUGAAAUUAGAGUAUAUCAGUAAGACUAUCAACAUUUAACUAGUAUUAUUACCUUUUUUACAGUAGUAAUACUAAUCUAGUUCCUGGAGUGAUACUGAUUACGAUUAUUUAUAUGUUACAUAUCUUUAUUUAUCCACUUGAUGAAGUUAGCUACAGUAGUGCAGUGAUGAUUAGCAUUGACCAAAUUGGGACAUGGUCUGGAGUUAUUAAGUGGCUACCCCCUAUCAUGUUACCUUGUGAGAUAUUUAUUCUACAAUGAAGUACAGCUCUGCCUGUUUACUAAUUUGUCUGUUGUACUUGAAAGGAAUAGAAAGCUUCAUUCUGUCAAGCUGUUACAAUGUUUCCCAUUGACAUGAGACGAUACAACACUCAAACAUCCAACAUCGUUUAUCCCUAGUUUUUUUACAGCCAACAUCCAACAUUGAUGAGAAUAGUAUGACAGUUGUUCUUACCAAACCAGUUACAUUGUGCUGAGUCUGUCUCUAAAUCAUUCAUAUGACUAUCAAGAAGUAUUUUGCGGCAACAGUGAAGCAUUAGAUGAGGUGUUCUACUCACAGGCGGUAACUUAAUUGGGAAGGACGGGCUGUAGUAAUGGCUGGAACGGAAUCAAUGGAGUCGUAUCGAACGCAUCAAACAUAUGGUUCUCAUGUGUUGAAUACCAGUCCAUUUACUCCAUUCCAACCAUUAUUAUGAGCCGUCAUCCCCUCAGCAGCCUAAUGUGGUCCGACUGUAUGGCCAUUCAUGUGUUUGUAAGUAGUGUUUCUUACAUUUCCCCUUGGUCUGCUGUACAUAACUGCCAUAACUUAUGUUGCUGAAGGAUAACCUGAGUGGUUGUAUUAUGACUCCGCUGUGAGCUGUUUACCACAUAGAGAUACAGUAUAACACAAUGUGUUCUAUUUAAUUAUGUGGUUCCCCCAUGCUAGCACUUGCACUAUAGAUAUUACCCUUCUCCAACACAGACAUCCGAAGUCAAAACAAAGCUUAUAAGAUCCAGGGACAACUUAAUAAGAAAAGGUCUGUUCCAUGUCAAACUGGCUGUAUGAUAGACUUUGGCAACAAGCAAUCGCUCUUCUUGUGCUAUCGUAUGAUAGCCUUUACAAGUCAGUGUAGAAUGUUGAUGUGAUAAUGUGCUCCAUGAAACAUCGCAGGAUGUAUGAAUGUAUGAUUGUGGAGUACUGUAUACACACAUUAUGUAAAAAGGAUCCGUGCUUUCAGCUUGAAUUAACAUGUAAACCAUUAAACAGCCUGGCACAAUAAGGAUUGUAAAUAUGUAUAAUAAAGAAGUAUGGAAUCCAAGUGAUGGGAAAAGUCACAUAAAGCUCUAUCAGUUGUUCCAGCUUAUUUACCUGAACGAUUUUUUGGGGGGCAAAGCACAGAGUGAAGAGUUAUUUAGCACAGACAGUUUGAUGCAUAUGAAGUAACAUUACGCUGCCAUUUUGUGAGGAUCGUAAUGACUUAUUUCAGAUACAAAUUGUGCCUAAUUUUCAUUUGCUUUUAUUGAUGAUCACAGAAAUGUAUCCAUAUGUCAUAUUUAAGGAUAUUACUAUUGUUUAUACCAUUAGAUUUAGUCCUUGAUGGGAGAAUAGAUGUACUAGGUACCACUACUGUACCAGUACCUUGACUAAAGUGUGACACUGCUUCAAAGAUAUUAUUAAUGAUCAAGGCACUUAACCCUCAUUUGCUCCAGCGGUGCCGUACUACUAUGGUUGACCCUGUAAAACAACACAUUUCACUGCACCUAUCCGGUGUGUGACAAUACUAUAUAUUUUUUUCCUUUAGUUUGCCAAGAUGCACAACCUGCAACAGGUUUUGUUUGUUUGCUUUUUUUUUCUUUUUUUUUUUGCAGUGCUGUUUCAGUGUCAAUAUUAAAAUGAAGACAACACUAUUUACUGCUGUGAUUUCGGUAUUAUGCAAUAUUUAAUAAACUAUAUAAAGCAUC